UAGAGAGGGAGGAGAGGGAGGCAGAGAGCAGCUCCAACUGUUGAAUUUUUCGCUGAAUUCUCCACUUACCUGCGGGCGGCUGGCGAAAUGGAUCUGGUUUACCGGGGAUCGGCGUUCGUUUCGCGUGCUGCCUGGCUAAGACUGGCGACCGUCUGUUUGAAAGGGGCCACCCAUCAAUGAGGCAGAGAAGAAUAUUUGUUUUUUCCUUUUUUUUUAAUUUUUUUUUAUUUUUUUUUCCCCUUUCGAAAGCCUCUCCACCACAGGUUGCAGAAUUAACUGUGUACUUUGGGUCCGGACUCAAAUAAAGGAGAAAAAAACAGUGCAGAACUGAGACUCGGAACUAGAUCUGUGAGCUAUGUACUGGGAAUCUAUGUUUUUGUUGGUGUUUUUUCUUUUAAUAUGAAAGAUCUCUGACUUAUUUCACACAUAACACUGAGGAAAGGUGGUUAAAAACACUCAGCAAAGCAGGAGACAGACGCGCCUCUAUGCCAGUGAGUGGAUAACAGCCUUGUUUUCCUGAUCCUCAGUCUCCCGGAGAAAGAGGUAUAGUAAAAGUGUAGCUGGAUCCGACACCCCACCACCCCCCCCCCUUCUCUUUUUUUUCUUUUCUUUCCCUGCCUCCCCCCUUCCAAUUUUUUUUUUUUUUUUUUUCUCUCUCCUGUCUGUAGAGUGAGUCAGAAGCGUUAGGAAGAAGCUGCAACUAAUGUCUGUGAAGGGAGGAACAUGAGUCGAUAGUGAAUGUGAUUUUUUUCUGCUGGAUCUGACUCAUCCAGCAGAUUGAAACACUUGCAUUUCUGGAUGUGCCGUUCAUUUAUUUCUGGUUAUUAAAAGAACCUGAAAUAAAAUUUAGCUACCCUUCCCCAAUAUUUGCUUAUACACCGUAUCGCUGGGAAAGGUACAUCAGAGACGGAACGCAUCUGACGCUGCCGCCGCUCCACUCCCCUGUACUAAGAUGCUCAGAGAGACGGUUAAAGCUUGAAAGGGCUGCAAAAGAAUGCAACACACCAAUCGCGGAACUGCAUAGGGUUUAAUAUAAGCGAAUUAGUCGACUAGAAGAUCUCCCACUUUAUUCAUCGCCAGGAUUGUUUUUCCUCCUCUUCUCCCCUCCCCUAAAUGAAGAGGACUAGGCGGCAGUGUCAUUGGAAGGAGAUGCUGAAUAGAAAGAAAAGAGAGGCACUUGAUAGCGCAGCCCUGUGAAUACAGAGACUGUUUCCCUUUUAGCGAGAGACUGAGAGAGAGAGAGAGUGUGUGGUGGCUUUUCUUUCUUUCUUUCCUUUUCUCCCCUGCACCCCCCCCUCCCCCUUCUCUCUCUCUCUUGCUCUCUCUUUUUUUAAUCUAUGCGUCCAGCCAUGGGUUGCCUGUUGAUUUCCUCUCGGCUGGAGAGAAAAGCAAACUGGAAUUAAACUGCAUCGAGAAAAGUGCAGCUCCUCAGACACGCAUACGCACACACGCAUAGACACAGGGAAGGAAAGGAUGUGGUGGUGGCGGCGGCUACUGGCCUGUCUUAAAGAAACCCAAGUGCGCAUCUGAUUGAGCACAGCCUGUGAUUUCCCUCAAAACGUUUAUUUAUUGCUAAUGAUGACCGUCAGCCGGUGGGUUUCUUAAUUUUUUUCCCUACAAAAGGACGAGUGGGAGGCUAGUAGUAGAGGGAGAGAAAGGGAACUACAAAUCCGGACACUAGUUUUUGCCUUUUUUUUUUUUUUUUUUUUUUUUUUUUUCUUCCCGUGUUUUGUUUUCCCCUCUUGCCCUGCAGUCCUCAGUCCCUCGCCUUCUCAUUCGGGAAGGAAAUAGUGAGGGUGUACGAGACAGAGAGGGGGGAAAUACCGAUGGCAGCGAGAUGUAGCUCUCCGCCACAAGCAAUGCAAGAUUAGAUCUCUAAAUGCAGCAAAACACUCCCUGAAAACCAACAACCCCGCGGUGCAAUCAGACAUUUCACUGACUCUCACUGCACACGAAGAGGGCUUCAACAACAGGCUGAGACUUUUUUUUCCCCUUCUGUCUCUCUCCUACCCCUUCACUCCAUCAAUCGCAUCACAAGCGAUGAGUAGCAAAUAAGCUUUUCUACCCAUGCUUACAGACCUGUGGCCACCCGCCUUUCCUAUGUAUAUAUAAAUACACAUAUUUAAAAAAAAAAAAAAAAAAAGCUUUUUGAUCGUUUUUAGAAAAACAACCACUGCCGCCGAUUUUUUAUUAUUGUUAUUAUUUUUAUUAUCCUUUGUACAUCUGCGGGGAUUGAAGGAUCGGGAACGCUUCACCUGCCCGGAGGAGAAGAUCUUUUGCAAAUUUUCUGAUUUUUGAAAGCCUCCCACUGCCGAAGUUGGACAGCCGAAGUAACUGCGAGGGGACUGCAAGCACGGCAAGCACUUGCUGAAACGCUGCCGAAGCUGCUCUCCCCCCCGCCCCCUUCCUCCCUCCGGCCCCCCCGAUUGCUCCCUCCCUCUGAGCUACAUGGUCUAUUUGCUGCCUCUCAUCCUGUGUCUCUGCAGAUGUUUUAGAGCAACAGGUUCAGGAACUUAAAAUCUAGGGGUGGGGAGAGAGAAGGAAAAAAAAAAAAAAAAAAAAAAAAAAAAAAAAAAAAAAAAGAAAACAGAGCCGACGGAGGAGGAGGAAAAACAAACCCAACGCAGGAGGCAGAGAAGACGGGGAUAACCCUGGUCGCCGCUGCAGCUGCUGCCCCCCCACACCCCUCCUCGGGGAUGUACCUUUCCAUUUGUUGCUUCUUCCUCUGCUGGGCUCCCGCCCUGUCGCUGAAGAACCUGAAUUACUCGGUGCCGGAGGAGCAGGGAGCGGGCACGGUCAUCGGGAACAUCGGCCGCGAUGCGCGGCUGGCAGCGGGUGCGGCGGGAGGCGGGGUGCUGCCCGCGGAGCGCGGAGCUGCCGGCGGCGGGGGCCGCAGCCCCAAAUCCACCUUCCGAGUACUGGAGAACUCAGCCCCGCACCUCCUGGACGUGGACGGGGAGAGCGGGCUGCUCUACACCAAGCAGCGCAUCGACCGUGAGGCGCUGUGCAGGCGCAGCGCCAAGUGCCAGCUGUCCCUCGAGGUGUUCGCCAACGACCAGGAGAUAUGCAUGAUCAAGGUGGAGAUCCAGGACCUGAACGACAACGCGCCGGCCUUCCCCUCUGACCAAGUGGACAUGGACAUCUCGGAAAAUGCUGCGCCGGGCACCCGUUUCCCGCUCACCAGCGCCCACGACCCAGACGCUGGGGACAAUGGGCUGCGUACCUACCUGCUCACCCGUGAUGACUACGGCCUCUUCUCCCUUGAUGUGAAGUCCCGCGGUGAUGGCACAAAGUUUCCGGAGCUGGUCAUCCAGAAGCCGUUAGACCGUGAGGAGCAGAGUCACCACACCCUGGUACUGACAGCACUGGAUGGCGGUGACCCACCACGCUCGGGCACAGUGCAGAUCAACGUGCGCCUCAUUGACUCCAAUGACAACAGCCCCAUCUUUGAGGCAGCCUCCUACGUGGUAGAGCUGCCAGAGAACGCACCACUGGGCACUGCCGUCAUCGACCUGAAUGCCACCGAUGCUGACGAGGGUACCAACGGAGAGGUGCUCUACUCCUUCAGUGGCUACGCACCCGAGCGUGUCCGCGACUUGUUCAGCAUCGACCCGCAGAGUGGCCUCAUCCGUGUCAAGGGCAACCUGGACUAUGAGGAGAGCGGCCUCAUUGAGAUCGAUGUCCAGGCUAGGGACCUGGGCCCCAAUCCCAUCCCUGCUCACUGCAAGGUCACUGUCCGCCUCAUCGACCGCAAUGACAAUGCGCCCACCAUUGGCUUUGUCUCCGUUCGCCAGGGAGCACUGAGUGAAGCUGCCCCACCGGGCACUGUCAUUGCCUUGGUGCGGGUCACCGACCGUGACUCAGGCAAGAACGGGCAGCUCCAGUGCCGGGUGCUGGGCAGCGGCAGCGGGCCUGGAGCCGUCCCUUUCACCCUGGAGGAGAACUAUGACAACUUCUAUACUGUGGUCACUGACCGGCCCUUGGACCGUGAGGCACAGGAUGAGUAUAAUGUGACCAUCGUGGCACGUGAUGGGGGCAACCCCCCUCUCAACUCCACCAAGUCAUUUUCCGUCCGGAUCCUCGACGAGAAUGACAACCCACCCCGCUUCAGCAAGAACCUUUAUGUGUUACAGGUGCCUGAGAACAACAUCCCUGGAGAGUACCUGGGCUCUGUCUUGGCCCAGGACCCCGACCUGGGCCAAAAUGGGACAGUCUCUUAUUCCAUUCUGCCCGGGCACGUGGGCGAUGUCUCCAUCUACACCUAUGUCUCUGUCAACCCUACCAAUGGUGCUAUCUAUGCCCUGAGGAGCUUCAACUACGAGCAGACAAAGCACUUCGAGUUUCGCGUGCUGGCCAAAGACUCAGGCUCGCCCCACCGCGAAAGCAACGCCACAGUGCGCGUCACCGUGCUCGAUGUCAACGACAACGCGCCCCUCAUCGUCCUGCCUGCCCUCAUCAAUGACACCGCAGAGCUGCAGGUGCCACGCAAUGCUGGGGUGGGCUACCCUGUGGGCACCGUCCGCGCCCUGGACAGUGACUUUGGGGAGAGCGGGCGCCUCACUUACGAGAUUGUGGAAGGCAAUGAGGAGCACCUCUUUGAGAUGGACCCCACUAGUGGUGAGAUACGUACCUUGCACCCCUACUGGGAGGAGCUCAGCCCUGUGGCUGAACUGGUGGUAAAAGUCAGUGACCAUGGCAAGCCCAGCCUCUCCGCAGUGGCCAAGCUCAUUGUCAGGGCCUUGGCAGGGCCGCUGCCCGAGGCUGGCGAGCCACAGGUGAAUGGCGAGCAGCAUCGGCGACCACACUGGGACUUGUCGCUUCCCCUGAUCGUGACGCUGAGCACUGUCUCCAUCAUCUUGCUGGCUGCCAUGAUCACUAUUGCUGUGAAGUGCAAGCGGGAGAACAAGGAGAUCCGCACCUAUAAUUGUCGCAUUGCCGAGUAUAGCCACCCUCAGCUGGGAGGAGGGGGAGGCAGUGGCGGGGGAGGAGGAGGCAGUGGCAGUGGAGGGGGCAAGGGCAAGAAGAAGAAGAUCAGCAAGAAUGACAUUAUGCUGGUGCCCAGUGAGGGCGAGGACAGCCGGGGCCCCCUCAAUGUCAUGAACGUGGUGAGCAGCCCAUCCCUGGCCACCUCACCCAUGUACUUUGACUACCAGACCCGCCUGCCCCUCAGCUCUCCCAGGUCUGAGGUGAUGUACCUGAAGCCCGCCUCCAACAACCUGACUGUACCCCAGGGACAUGUGGGCUGCCACACCAGCUUCACAGGGCAAGGGACUAACGCCAGCGAGGCUCCCCCGAGCCGGAUGUCCAUAAUUCAGACAGACAAUUUUCCCGCAGAGCCCAAUUACAUGGGCAGCAGGCAGCAGUUUGUUCAAAGCUCCACGUUCAAGGAUCCAGAAAGAGCCAGCUUGAGGGACAGCGGGCAUGGGGACAGUGAUCAGGCUGACAGUGACCAAGACACUAACAAAGGCUCCUGCUGUGACAUGUCUGUUAGGGAGGCACUCAAGAUGAAAACUACUUCAACUAAAAGCCAGCCACUUGAACAAGCAUUCCCGACUUUGCUUUCCUUUGCUAUCCUCACCCUACAUACCAUCACAACUAGACUUCAGUCUGUUGAACUGCUUCUUUCAGAACAGCAAGGCAGAGGCCAAAGACCCAUUGUUGGGAUCUGUGGACCAGCCCGCUGUGAGGAUGGAAAAUUUUCAGAGCAAGAAGAAUGUGUUAACUGCACAGAUGAAUGCAGAGUGCUUGGUCAUUCUGACAGGUGUUGGAUGCCACAGUUCCCUGCAGCCAGUCAGGCUGAGAAUGCAGAUUAUCGCACAAAUCUCUUUGUACCCACAGUUGAAGCUAAUGUUGAGACUGAGACAUAUGAAACUGUGAAUCCCACUGGGAAAAAGACUUUUUGUACAUUUGGGAAAGACAAGAGAGAGCACACUAUUCUCAUUGCCAAUGUUAAACCUUACUUAAAAGCCAAACGUGCCCUGAGUCCUCUGCUUCAGGAGGUUCCCUCAGCAUCGAGCAGCCCAACCAAGACAUGCAUUGAGCCUUGCACCUCAACAAAAGGACCACUGGAUGGUUGUGAAGUGAAAUCAGGAGCCUUGGCUGAACCAAGCAGCCAGUACUUGUCAACUGACAGUCAGUAUCUAUCGCCUAGUAAACAGUCAAAAGACGCUCCCUUCAUUGCAUCAGAUCAGAUGGCUAGGGCCUUUGCAGAUGUGCAUUCCCGAGUGAGCCGAGACUCGAGUGAGAUGGACUCUGUUCUGGAGCAGUUAGACCGUUCAGCCCGGGAUCUAGGCAGGGAGUCGGUGGAUGCAGAGGAAGUUGUGAGAGAAAUAGACAAACUCUUGCAAGACUGUCGGGGAAGUGACCCUGUGGCCGUAAGAAAGUGAGGGGGAAAAUAAGGACAGGCUGGCAGUUAUGUUCCUCUUCUGCUGAUUAAAAGUAAAUAAAUAAAUCAAUCCCCUGGUUGUAACAGAUUUACAGGAAUGAAGGAAGACCAAUGCUGCUUAAAGGCUUUUAGUGAACAUCUGAAGUGCCCACAAGUAUGUUCUUUUCACUGCUCUUUCUUUUUGACAGAUAACACUGGUUUCAUUUUGACCAAACUUUCAUUAGGACAGAGUCAAGUACACUAGGAACAAAAUGAAAGAAGGAAAGAUGGUGCCAUUUUGACAAUCUGAUAGGAAGGUGUGAGAAAGGUGGAAUGGAAAUACAUCUGAUACUUUAAGACUGUCCUCAAUAGCUGAUGCUGACUUUACUGUUUACGUAUAAACCCCAAGAAAAACAGGGUUGAAUAUUUCUGAUCUGUGGUGGAUUUCCAGCAAUCACCAUAGGCUUCUACUGAAAGUCCUAAAAAGAGUUCUUGUAGUAGUCCAAGUGACACCAAACAUUAACAUUCAUUUGUGGUAAACAUUUAUGUACAAAGUUAUCUGCCACAAAUAUGAAAAAAAAAAAAAAAAGAACAAGAAAACAAAAAAAACCCAUUCCAGACCAUUAUUCAAGAAAACAUAUCCUGAUCAUUAGUAAAACACUUCAUAUCAUAUUAAGGUUAAAUGUAAAAUGAUAUAGUCCAUCUUGUCCUGCACACACAUAAGCUAAUUCACUUGAUAAACAAGAAAAAAAAAAAACAUUUUAAUAUCUAUUUAGCAUUUUAGUGUCCAACAAAACUAUAAAUAGUUAGUGGUAAGUUUUAAAAAAACUAAGGUAAAAUAAAGUUUGAAUAAAAUAGUUACCUUUAAGGGUAAUACACAAAAGAAAUUAACAUUAUUAACACUUUUUUAUUCAUUUGUGGACACUAAAAUAGCUCAGGAAAGUGAAAAUGUCUUAGACAUCCACAAAAAUCACAUGAUCAUUUAAAUGUGCAAAUGUAAGAAGAUUCAGUGUGUUUACAUCAAAUGACAUAUUUUUAUUGAUUUAUUGCAGAUUCAGUGCAUAUGAGCCAAAUUGUUGAGUGUAUAAGAGCUAUAUUGUGUAUUUUAUUAAAUUAAUAUAUAGUUGUGUUGCAAAAAUAUUUGGGCUUAUAUUGUAAAUGGCAAGUGUUGCCUCGGUAGCUGUCGAACUCUAUGAGUUUUGUUUUUUCCUGCUUCCUUUUCCCCAUGGAUUGUGGGAAGCAGCGCCUCAGAGCAAAGUCUCUUGUUUAAUGUAUGGUCUACGAAGUACUGCAGUACAUAAUCUGUUCAAAAUGUGUUUGAGUGAGCUGAUGGAGCUAACUGAACGGCCUACAAAUACAUCCAUCAGUCAUGGUUAUGUGCAAGUCCUUGUAGAAGCUUCUAUUGCAAACCCAUGUUUAAUAACAAAAAUUACACUUGAACCAACAACUGGAACCUCCUUGUUUUUUUUUUUUUUUUUUUUUGUUUGGUUGGUUGGUUGUUUUUUUUUGGUUUUUUUUUUUUUUGUUUGUUUUUUUUUUUCUUUUCCAAACACAUGCAGCCAGCUUGUUUAAUGUAGGAUAUUUGAUUGACUUCUUAAGAGAUGCCACCAUCUUCAAGGUUUUGCUAUUAAGUUAAUAGACUGGAAAAACAUCAGUGCCAAUGUGGCACGGACAGUAUUUUAUCUGAUUCUUUAGAAUGUGUAAUUGUUUAUUACAGUUCUAAAUACACACUGCUUUUUUUGGGGGGUGGUUUUGGUUUGGUUUUCAUUUGUUCUGAAAAGAAUUUGCAGAAUAACUUGGAAUAUAGUUUCUACUUUUUAUUAUUUUUUCUAAGGGUGUUUUUAUUGCAUUUGAAUUAUUAAAAAUUGCCUUCAGAUGAAAGUUAAAAUCAACCCGAAUUCAAAAUGAACUUGCACAGAACAAGAAGAAGUGGAAGAAUAAAAUGUAUAGCUCAGGAUUUGUCCCAUAUAUACUUCAGUCACUCUGUGGGAAAGACCACUAGGGAGCAUUGUUUAAAAUGUUGUAUUGGGUUUAUUAAAUUUAAUCUGCACUAUACAAACAUAUGUAAAAGAGGUUGGCAAUCUCAAAUCCCAAAAAGCCAUAGUUUUCAACAGUUCAAGAAAGAAAGUUGACCUAACAUCCUGUUUUGAUGUUGAGGUUACAUUUAAAUGGUGAUUUUAGCUAGUCAGUCCUACAAUGAAUUGUCUUUGGGAGACAACCAUUCUGACAGUUUGCUUUCAGCUCCUUCUGUUUAAAAAGUCUACAAUUACAUGUAAAAAAGGAUCUUGUACAUGUUUAUCAAGCUACUCUCCAUGUUUUGGACAAUUUAUGUAUCUAAAAUGUGAUGUUGUCUGUGUUAUAUGAUUUUAUUUUUUUUUGGCCAGGAGACCCGAGAUUGGUUUUGCUUGAUAGCUUGAUAGCUUGAAAUUCCAUAGUGGAGAGGAUUUCUUAUUGUUUGAUCAGUCUCUUAUAUGUAUUUCUGUGGUGCCCAUCACCAAAGUGUCUGCGCACCAAGUCUUUAGCUCUGCCAGUGAGAUCCAUUAUUCAGCAAAAUCUAAGCCAGUAUGUAAAUGCAGUCAAGUGAUGGAGAUUUGUGUAUUUUAUAAAUGAUUUUAACACUGAGUAACCAAUUGUACAAUUCAUUGUAUGUUUCUGAAGACAUGAAACCACAACAUUCUGAGAAAGGGCUGUGCCAAUGUAAGAGGAAUUUACCUUAAGGCUCUCUGUCACUAGUGAUUUACUAGCUUUAGCUGUUUAACACAUUAUCUGUAUUUAGUAGUGAUUAUUUAUUUACCACUCUGAGGUAAUUCAGAAUUCAUGACUCACAGCUUUAUAGAAGAACUUAGGAAAUCUUGCUUUUAUUUAAUUUGGCUGACAACUUGUGUUGUAGAUCUCCGGCAUACUGCUUCCAAUAAGGAUAUCCCAGGUUAAAAAUCUGUUUCACAAUUUAGAAUGGAUACCUAAUGAACCAAUAAACCAGCAGAGCUUAUACAAAGUGAGUUUUGUUGGUUCAGUCAAAAUUAACAUGACUGUGUGUGAAGGAAUUAUUACACUCAAAUGAAUUUUAAAAGUAUUUUUUUCUCCAUGGUAUCUCUACUAUCACCACUGGAGAAAGAGGAAACAAUGAAAGAUAAAGUUUAUGAGUUAUUAUUUCUCUCAUUCCUUAUAUAUGUGUUUUAUAACACUGAAAGAAAGUAUCUGCCACGAUAAUUAUAAAGAAAUGAUGGAGUCAAGGUAGGCAAGUUAACUAAUAAAAUUGUACUGUGCACUGUGAAUAACAAAUAAGGCAUUCUAUAUAUUUUUUUUUUUUUUUUUUUAUGAAAGCCAGUAACUGGGAGUUCUUUAAACAAUUGGCCAAUCAAAUCAAGACUCAAAAUCAGAUCUUUUUGUCUGUCUUUUUUUCUUGGUAUAUUUCUCAAGAGAUUCUCCUGAACUGUGACUUGCUACUUGAGACUAUAGGUUUCCCAGUCCAAGUUACGCCUAGAAGUCAAACAUUGCUCAUAGUGGAGCAAGAUACAUCAUUCAAACAAACUUUCAAGACACUUUCUGUCCAAUGGAAGGGAAAUUGCUGAGGUCAAGGAGGAGUCUAAAGCCUAGCAUAAUAUACGCCCACUCAUUAUUGUUUUAUCACUUUCUUUUGCCAUCAGGCAGUGAUUAUUAUUGCAUUAAUUCAAAUGGGAGUUUUGACUAUCAAGAUUUGUUGAUUUGAAGUGUAAUUGAAUGAAACCUGAUUAAGGUUUUGACUUCUCUGGCUCAAUUGUGAUACAGGUUGGCAUACACAUUUAUCAGCCCCUGUCUCCCCAUAUGGCUCUAAGUUGCACCAAUGACUGGUGAAUGACACAAAAACCGAACAAAAGCAGCAUACAUUGUAUGGAUUAUCUCAACCGCUAUUGUUUAAUGGCUGUGUUUAAUGUGACCUAUCUGGAAAAUGAGGACUACGAAUAAAAAGCAAUUACUAAUA